AUGGCACUCGAUGAUCAUCACUCUCUCUCUGUCCGCACCAAGCGUAAAUCUUCACCUGCUGCUUCGUCCAACGUCUCAAGCUCUAAACGUCGACGUCGCCAAGCUCCAUCUCCUGCUCCAGUGUCUUCUACUGUCUCUAAACCUCGUCCCAGUCGUCGUGCCACACCUAUUGAUCCAUCGAAACCUUCACUUUCCAUUGCUUCCACACGUUCAAAUGUGACAGAUUUUCAGUUGAAGUUGAAGAAAAAGAAGAAGAAGGCGGUUGAACCGAUGACGCUUUUUAGUCGAUACGCAGAUCCAUCGGUACAAAGUCCAGCAUUUCGUCCUCUGGACUCGAAGGACAAUGCGACAAGAGCCACUUUAUUAGAAGAGCUUCCACGUCCACGCUGUCAUCAAGAGGAUACAGAGACAAAUACUGUGUUACUACUAGCUAGCAAUGGAGACAUAGAUAAAGUCGUGGACUUGACAGUUGUAGAGCAUGUUUCAAGUCUCGCGAUGGUCGAGGGAGAUGAUAUUUUACAGACACUUAUGAGAACAAGCACACCACGAGUUAAACGGAGAUUUCCAUCGGAAGAAGCACUGACGGAUAGUGAGCAGAGAGACAGAGACGUGUUACGUCGACGACGUCUGAAGCUACGGAAUCAAUUUUCAGUGAUGAAAAAAGAGGAGCCACAUGCUACUGGAUGCGUUGGGGGUCCAGAAGUUGAGGGAUGUCUUUUCAAGGAGAAUCUUGCACAGACAGGAAGAGUGCAGUUUGAAGGAGGAACAGUCGAGAGAGCUGAAGACAAGGCACGUACACACUUGAUUGAGGAUGAAGUUGAGACUGACGAGGAAACAACAGAGAGCAAGAUCAAGCGUCUGAGUAAAGUCAUGCAUAUGAACUGGCGACAAUAUCUUUUCUGGCUUGUAUCAGGUGCAAUGCUACUCUGUGCGAUGGUUGUUGCUGCACCAUUUGUGAAGAAACUGAUGGAGCCACCACUGCCAUAUUGUGAUAGCGAAUGGAUCGAUGUUGGUGAUGGGUCCUACGUCUUGGCCGAUCCAGUAGAUACUUUUGAUCGGUCGAAGGCACUUCAGCCAUUUAUAAGCACUGCUUCAGUAGCUACGCGUGCCUCACAACCCGUGUGUCAACCAUGCCCCGUGUAUGGUAACUGUCUCAAUGGUUCUGUAAUUUCCUGUAAUCCACCGUAUGAGCUGCAGUAUGGAUUGUGCAAGGAAAACCCGAAAUUGCAGGCGAAUCUCGACCAGCUCGCGCUUAGCAUACAGAAAUUUAUCAUCGAAAAGGCUGCGAAAAAUGCGUGUGACAAUGUGUCAUUGUGGAGCUACUUCAACUCAGAUAGUGGAGUGGAGCCGACGGGCGACGUUACGGCAUCGAUCGCAGUGAGGCUUUCGGAUGUGCAGAUCUUCGCGAAAGAAAGGGUUUUGUUUGGAAAGACUGUGUCCAAUUUGUCCCGCGAGUACGUGUUUAAUCGUGCUCUAGACAUGGCACUGCGUGCCCUCGUAGACAUUUAUGUGACCGAGGACCAGAGUCAGCUCGUCGUGGGUAGAAGUGUUGUGCCAUGGUCAUGCCGCGCCAAACAUCAACUGUACGCUCACAUUAAGCUAAUUGCGUUGGCUGUCGCAUUCGGGACAGUGCUGGUAUGUGCCUACAGACAGUUUCUUUUAUACCGCACGGAACGCCAACUAGUGGAUCGGUUUGUGAAGGAGGUGCGCUUUUUUCUCUUGGACCGGACGCGCCAACCGGAUCGGUUUUACCCGGCCAACCAUCUCCGCGACAACUUGUUCGAGAAACAAUCUCUCCCAGACCGAAAAUGGCUGUGCAAGUCUGUUUGGCCGAGAGUUGCUGCUGUUGUGAAGGAUGACUCUCGAAUAAGAAUGCGAGUGAUGAGAGUACAAGGUGAAGAUAUGGUCGUGUGGGAAUGGGCAUCUUCAUCGGCACCACCUUACCGGCGGGCUGGAAGUAAUCGUGGUCGAGGUUUGCGCACCGUAGCUACUUUGCAGCAAGAAAGUGCUGGUGAUGCUCGACCGGUGCCAUCUCGACGGCGUAAGAAGGACAGUCGCAUGAGUCUUCCCUGA